AUGACAAACUCCCAAUCGAAAUCACGAGGCACUAUUGCGUAUAUGAUGGAUCCAACUGUCGGAAAAUACCACUAUGGACCGUGUCACCCAAUGAAACCAUAUCGAGUAGAAUUAACACAUGCCUUGGUAGUGGAGUAUAAAAUGUAUAAAAAGAUGAAGAUCUACUAUCCAUCCGAAGCGUCCGCUCAUGAUAUGAUACGUUUUCAUGCUGAAGAAUAUGUUGACUUUCUAUCGCGUGUUACUCCAAAUUCUCAGGAAUAUCAACGGGGUUAUAAUCAGUACAAUUUGGGUGACGAUUGUCCAGUGUUCAGUGGUCUAUUUGAUUUUUGUAAAAGUUAUACGGGUGCCUCAUUAUUAUGUGCCACAAUGCUCAAUCAUAAAGCAUCCGGUUUUUGUUAUAUAAACGAUAUUGUCAUUGCUAUUCUUGAAUUGUUAAAAUAUCAUGUUCGGGUAUUGUACAUCGAUAUUGACAUACAUCAUGGUGAUGGCGUCCAAGAAGCAUUUUAUUUAACUGAUCGAGUUAUGACCGUUUCGUUUCAUAAAUAUGGGAAUAACUUUUUCCCGGGAACGGGUAGUAUGUACGAGAUUGGUGCAGAAACUGGACGUUAUUAUUCUAUUAAUGUACCUCUUCGUGAAGGAAUUACGGAUGAUGAUUAUUAUGAUCUCGUAUUCAAACCUGUUAUCUCAACGGUGAUGUCCUACUAUAGACCGACAUGCAUUGUUUUACAAUGUGGAGCUGAUUCACUUGGCGGCGAUCGUUUGGGAUGUUUUAAUUUAUCAAUUAAAGGGCAUGGAAAAUGUGUAGCGUAUGUUAUGGAACAAAAUUUACCAACGUUGGUCGUCGGUGGCGGUGGUUACACUGUCAAAAACGUUGCACGUUGUUGGACAUAUGAAACAUCAUUAAUAAUAAAUGAAACAUUGUCAAACGACAUACCGUAUCAUGAUUAUAUUGAGUUUUUUGGUCCAGAUUGUCAACUACAUCCAGAUCUUAUUAAUCCAAAGUUAGAAAAUGGAAAUUCAAGGACGUAUUUGGAAUUGAUUGUCCAAUUUGUUAACGAAAAAUUACGUUUACUUAAACAUGCUCCAUCUGUUCAAAUGCAAGACGUACCAUGUGAUCUAAUUGACAACGAGGAUAAAAAUGAUGAGGAUGAAGAUGACACACGACAAAAAGCAUCAAGCGUUGAUCCAGUAAAUGAAUUUUAUGACGAUGAUAAAGAUAUAGAUAGAGAUUGA